UUAAACUUUAAUUUGCAAAUCAAAGCUGAGACAAUCAGAAAGCUAGUAGCUGACUGCCUGUCGAGGCUUGCACACAGCAUUUUUUAUAGCAAUUUUCCUUUCUUAGCCACGUCAUCAUAUCCAAUCGGCCUGUGAUUACAUAUCAUCAAUAUAUCCGCUCUCGACUUUCCACUAUUGUUUUAUUCCCCAACUUAAUUAUGUCCUAGUUUACAUUUUAGACCAUAUGUCUUCUCAUCCCUAACCACAGUUAUUUCUUAAUUAAUCUUGCAUCGACAUACUACCGCAUAUUUCAUCAUCUUACCUGCCACCGUUAUCUUUCUACUUGGUUUCAUUCUAGUUCUCUUCAUGAAUUAAUAGCAAACAGGUCAAAAGUCAUGGCUACAUAGUGAGUACCUUCUAAUGAGCUAACAGUGGUUACAUAGAGAAUAUUGUAGAGAAUACAAUGUGUGCAUUUGAGUAAAUACUGUAACACAUUUGAGUAAAUACUGUAAUACAUAGAAAAUGUGUGCAUUCGCAUUUUCCAAUAGUAUCAAGCCACUCUUUGUGACGAACACUGUAGGAUCCCCAUCCAGAGUACAUUUUUAUCCACUGAGACAACCAUUGUUUCUUCCAAGUAUUUUUCAUCAACUGGGCACAGUUUGGAGGUGGUGAUCAGGAUAGUCCUUAACCAUAUUUUAACUUGGUGCUCUGUGACCUAAUGGACUAUGGAGAUAAUGUUCAGAGCUGACUAGAAAACCUCAGACUCCUUUCGGCAUUACUGAAAUGCACCUGAAAGGUAGGAAUCACAUUUUAAAAUUCCUGAUGAAGAGUCUCAGCCUGGAAUGUCAACUCCUCAUUCCUCUCCAUAGAUGCUGCCUGAACUGCUGAGUUCCUCCAGCGUUUUGUGUGUUGCUCUGGAUUUCCAGCAUCAGCAGAAUCUCUUCUGUUUAAAAUUUCUGAUUAUGUAAUUUGCAGAUGAAACUUUGGUAUGAGUUGUUGAUCCCACCUCUCCCGAAAGUUCCGGGAGUCUCCUGCAUAUUAAUCGUGGCUCCCUGAUGCCCACAAAUUAUAUACAAUAUCACGGAAAUCAAUUUUUUUGACAGCGAGUGAGAGAAAGCAAGAGAGAGCACAAGAGCGACCACGAGAGAGAGAGAGCAAGAGCGCGCCAUGGCAGUGUUCCAAAAAAAUAUAUAAAACGUACUUCACCCCAGACUACCCUAAAGUGUACCCCUGCCUAAUAGGAGUCAAAAUAAUGACAGUGUUGCUUCCUGCACUGUUUGCAACAGUGACUUUUCUAUUGCCCACGGUGGGUUAAGAUUGUAAAAGACAUGUUGAGGUGAGUUUAACAGGUGUCAUUCGUUUAUUAGCAUAGCUAACGUUAUUUAAACUAGCCGGCUAGCAGCUAAGGAGCUACUCUACCCGCAAAUUGAUGGUGCGACCUCCCUGAAAUGAGUUUUUGCAGGGUGGGAUGUCUGUGUUGAGGCAGAGAGAGGAUGGUGACAGUAGUGACAAUAUUAGUUCUGAACAUUCACAGCUAUGGGAACAGGUAAUGUAUUAGGAAGAUUAUCAAAUGGGGCUGUACCAGUUGAGUAAAGAAUAAAAAUACGGCAAUCACACUCUUGGAUGUGGACUGCACGCCUCAAACAUCCAAGGAAACUUGAAAAAUACAUUUGCUGGCAAAUUUCUGUUCUACAGAUUUCAAUCACAUUCUGCUGCUGGGAUGCAGGGAGUGUCAAACGUAUUGAGGACGCAGAAUUCCUACAUUGCAUUCAGAAAUUUUUAAGCUGGUACGCCGCAGGCCCAAGGAAUGGUGGGGGUGAGGAGAUAAUUCUAAUAUUUAGUUUCAGGGAAAGGGGCUGGGCGGGUGAGAGGAGGAUCCAUACCCGCCUUUAAUCCCAAAGCGCACUUCUGCCGAGCCCCGGACGCUAUAGGCUGCUCCAGAUGACGCGAACAGCUUGGCAGAAACAGGAUUGCCGCAGGUGGAAGGCCGCCCCUUCAAGCGGUGCUUCACAGACGGUUCCCCGGUGGGAGGGCAGGCCUUGCCGCUGUGGGUGGGGCUGCUGUCAGCAGCGUGGUCCAGUCUCUCCUCAACCUGGGCGAGGACGCCAAGCCGGUCGUUAGGGAUGUUCGCCCUGUUCAGCGCGCUGAUCGCAGCCGGCCUCCUGCUGGCCUGCCUCACCGGCUACAUGCUGGAAAACUACACGGUGCAGCUGCGGCCGCGCGGUGGAACCGGCCAACACUCGCGAGGAGAGCAGCCUCCGUACCCGGCUGGGGGCAUGGACAACAUCUUCUGGUUCCUGCAGGUGUCUGACAUCCACAUCAGUAAGUUUGUCGAUUCCCAAAGAGCCCCUGACUUUCAGAAAUUUUGCACGGAGACUAUUGAUGUAAUUAAGCCAGAAAUCGUUUUCGUCACAGGAGAUCUGACAGAUGCCAAAGAAAGGAACAGGAUAGGAUCUCGUCAAUAUGAGAUUGAGUGGCAAACCUAUCAGACUAUUUUGAAGAAAUCCAGAGUUUUGGAAAAGACCAAGUGGAUUGAUAUCAAAGGAAACCAUGAUGCUUUCAAUAUUCCGUCACUUGAGAGUGUCAAUAACUACUACAGGAAAUAUUCAGCAUUUAAAAGGGAAGGUUCCUUCCAUUAUGUAUACCAGACUCAUUUCGGAAAUUACUCCUUCAUCUGUGCCGAUGCCACUCCAAGCCCUGGCCCCAAAAGACCAUUCAAUUUCUUUGGGUUGUUGAAUCAGAACAAGAUGGCUGAAUUAUCAAAGCUAGCUUCUGAAGCAGUCCACAGUAAUCAAACCAUUUGGUUUAGCCAUUAUACUACUUCCACAAUCAUCUCGGCAUCUCCUGGAAUACGGCGAAUCAUGAGUUCUGCCAUUGCAUACCUCUGUGGACAUCUCCAUACACUAGGUGGCUUCAUGCCUGUUCUACACAGCAGGCAUGAGCACGGGACACUCGAACUGGAGCUGGCUGACUGGAUGGACAACCGGAGGUACCGUGUUUUGGUGUUUGACCAUGAUCUAUUUAGCUUUGUGGAUCUGAAAUUCGACAAGUGGCCUGUAAUUGUCAUCACUAAUCCAAAAUCCACUCUAUAUAGUAGCCCUGUACAUGAACCGCUGGGAAAGAUCAAGCACUCUACACACAUCAGGGUCCUAGCCUUCUCCCCAGCUCAAGUCACUUCAGUUCUCAUCAAAAUUGAUGGUGUCUUAAUAGGCAAUGCAGUCCAUAUCGAAGGUCCACUUCAUACAUUGCCCUGGAAGGCCAAGGAUUACAGUAAAGGAAUGCAUUUCAUUGAAGUCCAAGCACAGGACAAAGCUGGACGAACCACAAUUAUAGGCCAUAAGUUUACAAUGGAAGAGGUUGAGCUGCUCACUUUUGACAUUAUGGCUUCAUUCAUCCUCCAGUCUUCUCACUACAUCAUGCUCAGAGUUAUCUUUAUUUUGGUCCUUCUGGCUAAUAUCCUUGUAAUCAUUGUCUUCCGAUACCUGACGAAGCCACAGCUUAAAGAGAGCCCUGGUUUCUUCACUCUUGCGAACUUUUCAUUCCAUGUAUUCUCUAAGACCAACGUACUGUAUUAUCCCGUCUUGCUGUUCACGUGCUACAUAGCAGUGGGGCCCUGGUUCAUCGGUGAGAUAGUUGAUGGCUACUUUGGAGCUUGCUUUGUCUUUGGUAUCGUAGUUGACGGUCACUUCUUGGAGGGAAGUCUGACUUUUUUCAUUGGAAUCCUUCAGCUGACAUUUUUUAACAUUCCGCUGAUCUGCUACCUGUGCUGGUGCCUGCUUCUUCGCUGCCGAGGGGCCUUCUUCCGGUCCCACAUCAAAUACACUGGAUGGAUCCGUUCUGUCUCCAUGCACAUCAUCAUGAUGGGACUUCUUGGAUGGCAAGUCUAUGCCUGCUACUUCCUGCAGAAAACCUAUGGAACGGUUGCCUUUUUCCUUUCUCCAGUGAGGACAUGGUCAGUGAUUUUGGCUCUGGUACUUGUAUGCAAGGCCUGGAAUCUCAAUAACUCUGCCAUCAGAACGUUUAAAGCUGAAAUGAAGAAUUGCCCCUACUCUUGAUGGCUUUUGGGAGGACAGCAAGAGUUUAAUACUCACCCAUCAAACUUCAUAACACCCCAUCGUAUCUUUUCGAAUGCAACAUAAACAUUGAAUUCACGUGGGUGACUGAAAAGUAUUGCAAAGCUACUGCUCCUUUAGCCAUUUUUGUCAAAAUGCAAACACGGUUUAAUUCAGGAAUCAUUCUGCAAACUGGUUAAAAUGGAAAUGAUACUCAUAAGACUGCUGGAAAUCAGCUGAUUUUUUUUGUUACAGGGCCCUUACUAGGUGGAAGACAAAGUGUUUGCUUCCUUUCUACAGGCAUUCAUUCACACUAGAGCUGGGUGUGAAUUCAAUAAGGUAGCUGCUGCCAGCCUUGAUCUCAACAUCAGUUUUCAAGAACAACCAGUGACAUAAAAUGGUCAUGUGAAGAGUAUUGAACAAAAUUUUAAACAUUUUACAAAAUAAUUGUGCAUUACUCUGUAAUUCAUCUGAAUAAUUUAAGAAAUGCAGCUUCACUGUAGAAGAGAAGAAUAUUUUGGAUGCUGGGAAUCUGAAAUAACAUGAAAUAGAAUUGCACAGUAAGCAAGACAGCAUCAACUUGAGAUAUUUAGCCUAUUUUUCUCUGACUGAGCAAGUGCUGUCCUGCCAGAUGUGACCUUUUUAGGUGAGAUAUUAACCCAAGACUGUGCCAGCCUUCUCCAAUAGACAAAAAGUGCAUCAAGGAGUAAGGGAAUUUGACAAAGUGUCCUGGUCAAUAUUUAUGCCCAAACUUUAAAAGUAACUAAUUGGUAGUAAUGUAAUUAGUGACCAGGAGAUCCUGCGUUUCAUAAAUCAGCUGUCUCAUUUUCUGCACUAUAUCAAUAAGUAUUCUUGAAAGCUACUUCAGUGGCUGAGAUCCAGAGUAAUACUGUACAAGUCUCCACAAAUACUAUUUUACUUACUGUGUUUGCAGACUACUGUAUUUUUGAUUGUAAAUUGUUUGAGCUGUACCUAAACUGUGAUUGCCAGAUGAACUGCAAAUGUUCAGUGUUAAACCCCUGCCGCCACUUUUCUCGCCCCACACCAUUAGUGGUGAUUAUUGCACAUGUCCUGUUCUUGCUGUUCCAGCAGCAAGUGGAGAAAAGGAUGCUGCUAGGGGUACACCCAGGUCAGGGCAACAGUCAGUAAAAUUUGGAUUUCUGGCUGGGAUUUCAUGGAAUUCAAACUCUAGAUUCUGGAAAUAAAAUAAAGCCAUAUAAUACCGGAAACUCUCAGUAGGCAGGGCUGCAUCUUUUGGAAGAGGGAGCUAACAUAUCAGGUUAAAACCCCUUUCCAGUUCUGGGAAGGAGAGAAAAGAACUGAGGGGGUGUGGGGUGGGGGGAAAGUAAUGUUUAUGAUAUGGUAAAACCUGAGUGACCAUGUGGAUAAACUAAACAAGGUUCUCUGGUCAGAGUAAAUGGGAGUAGAGUGCGAAUGGAGAAGUAGAAUGUGGUAGAACACAACAGAUGCGGAUCAAACAUCUGCCUGAUCUACCUUCACUCCCAGAGGGAGAUAAAGCAAGCUGAGCAAUAUCCCAGGUGGAUGACUGAUACAGACUGAUCAAGCAGGUUACUUGAAGUUGGAGAAUUCAAUAUUGAGUCUAGAGGGCUUCCCCGACAGAAGACUGGGGAGUGGGGAAUGAAAAGUAGUCAAGAUAGCAGUGAGAGUCAGUAAGCUUGUGAAUAAAGUUAGUAGCUAGCCUAUCAUCUGAGAUGGAAAUACAAUUGAAGUCAGAAGUUUACAUACACCUUGGCCAAAUAUAUUUAAACUCAGUUUUUCACAAUGCCUGACAUUUAAUCCUAGAAAAAGUUCCCUGUCUUAGGUCAGUUAGGAUCACUAUUUUAUUUUAAGAAUAUGAAAUGUGAGAAUAAUAGUAGAGGGAAUGAUUUAUUUCAGCUUUUAUUUCUUUCAUCACAUUCCCAGUGGGUUAGAAGUUUACAUACACUUUGGUAGCAUUGCCUUUAAAUUAUUUAACUUGGGUCAAAUGCUUUGGGUAGCCUUCCACAAGCUUCUCACAAGAACUGGUGUAACUGAGUCAGGUUUGUAGGCCUCCUUGCUCACACACGCUUUUUCAGUUCUGUCCACAAAUUUUCUAUCAGAUUGAGGUCAGGGUUUUGUGAUGGCCACUCCAAUACCUUGACUUUGUUGUGCUUAAGCAAUUUUGCCACAACUUUGGAGGUAUGCUUGGGGUCAUUGUCCAUUUGAAAGACCCAUUUGCAACCGAGCUUUAACUUCCUGGCUGAUGUCUUUAGAUGUUGCUUCAAUAUAUCCACAUAAUUUUCCUUCCUCAGGAUGCCAUCUAUUUUGUGAAGUGCACCAGUCCCACCUGCAGCAAAGCACCCCCACAACAUGAUGCUGCCACCCCCACGCUUCACGGAUGGGAUGGUGUUCUUCGGCUUGCAAGCCUCACCCUUUUUCCUCCAAACGUAACGAUAGCCAUUAUGGCCAAACAGUUCAAUUUUUGUUUCAUCAGACCAGAGGACAUUUCUCCAAAAAGUAAGAUCUUUGUCCCCAUGUGCACUUGCAAACUGUAGUCUGGCUUUUUCAUGGCACUUUUGGAGCAGUGGCUUCUUCCUUGCUGAGCAGCCUUUCAGUUUAUUUCGAUAUAGGACUCGUUUUACUGUGUAUAUAGAUACUUGUCCACCUGUUUCCUCCAGCAUCUUCACAAGGUCCUUUGCUGUUGUUCUGGGAUUGAUUUGCACUUUUCACGCCAAAGUACGUUCAUCUCUAGGAGACAAAAUGCACCUCCUUCCUGAGCAGUAUGACGACUGCGUGGUCCCAUGGUAUGUAUACUUGCGUACUAUUGUUUGUACAGAUGAACGUGGUACCUUCAGGCGUUUGGAAAUUGCUCCCAAGGAUGAACCAGACUUGUGGAGGUCCACAAUUUUUUUUCUGAAGUCUUGGCUGAUUUCUUUUGAUUUUGUUUGUAAACUUCUGACCCACUGGAAUUGUGGUAUAGUCAAUUAAAACUGAAAUAAUCUGUCUGUAAACAAUUGUUGGAAAAAUUACUCAUGUCAUACACAAAGUAGAUGUCCUCAACAUCUUGCCAAAACUAUAGUUUGCUAAUAUGAAAUCUGUGGUGUGGUUAAACAAUGAGUUUCAACCUAAGUGUAUGUAAACUUCUGACUUCAACUGUAGAUGCAGAAAAGGACAGGAAGAAUCAGAUACUGACUGGGUGAAAUUUGGCAGCAGAAGUAAUAAUAUAGAGUUAGACCUUCUCCCUGUAUCCCUUCAUGCCCUGACCAAUCAAGAAUCUAUCAAACUGCCUUAAAUAUACAUACAGACUUGGCCCCCACAGCUGCCUGCGACAAAGAAUUCCACAGAUCCACCACUCUCUGGCUAAAGAAAUUCUUCCUCAUCUGUGCUAUUCCGAGGCUGUGUUCUCUGGUCUUGGACUCUCCCACCAUAGGAAAUAUCCUCUCCACAUCCACUCCGUAGGCCUUUCACCAUUUGAUAGGUUUAAAUAAGGUCACCCCUCUUGUAUUCUAGUGAACUCUAGUAGAGUUCUGCAUUUGUAAAGAAAGCAGAACUGAUAGAGUGGAAUUUGGUUAGGGCUGAAAUUGUUCCGUGUACAUACUGAUCACAACCCAAGAAAGUGCAGAGCACGUGUGUGCUGACACGUGGCAUUGUGUGCAGAUCUGAAUAUGUGAACAGUGUGUCGAAAAAUAUUAAAUAGUGUGAACAUAACCUGUGUGGCUCUGAAUUGUGAAAAGUGGAAUUUCAGACUCUGGUUUCUGUCUUUGUCAGACAUCUACCUGUGAAAUUGUUUUCUUAAAGAAAAAAAAGAACGCCAUAAUAUAUUCAGUGGGAGUAGAGGACACACAGUUUGAUUGUAUUUUUUGAUGUUCUCACUAGCUGACUGCUCCCAUUCACCCAAUCAACAGGUAACUUUGUUUAAAGCUUAUCCCAUGGUCAACACCCAUUUUACUCUAUCAGAAUCAUUCCCUGUUCCCUGUUCCCACUGUUCCUGCAGCUUAACAACUUCCUUUUCUCUCCUUCCCAAUUCUGAUUAUCUUUGUUUCUCUUCUUACAAAAGUACCCUGAUCUGCUGAGUGUUCAGCAUUUUUUGUUUUGAUUUGAGGUUGCACAGAUGUGGCCUGCUCCACCGGUGGGAUAUGCUUCCAGAGCAUUUCCCAGUCCGCCAACUCUCUGAGACAAACCGGCUGAAAGAGAACAUCUGGUCCUCAACAGGAGCUACAACACUACUUUGAUCUGCAUUUUGUUCAAAAAUUGAAUGUGCCCAACCUUUUGUGCCCAAAAUGAUUGUUAAUAAAAA